UCUAAUAAUAAUAAUGUGCGUUAUGUGAAAGUAAUAGUUGAAGGUCUUGAAGUGGACGUCGGAAAUCGUCUGGAACAGUUCUGCUCGAGGCUGUAGUUGAGCCAAACGCAGUGCGGUUGUUGCUUGACUCAGUUCCGGCUGUUUCUCCUUGUGUUGAUAGAGAGAUUGAUCAGUGUUUUCGAAAUAGAGCCGUAAUGGCUGAUUUCAGUGGACUAUUUCGAUCAACUGAGGAGCAGGCAACCCCUAUACAAGCCAAUGUCAAAGGACUAAUACCGCAAUGGCUGAAUGGUGAUUUUGUGCGUUUGGGUCCGGGAAAAUUCGAUCUAAGCAAAACCAAAGUGAAGCACUGGUUUGAUGGACUUGCAGUUGUGUACAAAUUUGAAAUUGUCAAUGGAACAGUAUUUUUCCGAAAAAGGUUCCUCAAUUCUGAUGCAUACAAAAAAGCAACCGAACAUGGACAGAGCGUUUACACUGAGUUUGGGACGAAAGCUCUACCUGAACCAGGCAAAAACAUUCUUGCAAAAUUUAUAGAAUCGCUGAAGCCAGAGCUCACUGAUAACUCUCACGUUAAUCUUUUCAAAAUGGAAGAUUCCCUUUUCGUUGCUUCGGAAACACAUUUUCUGAGACGAGUCAAUGUUGGGAACUUGGAGACGCUUGAUAAGAUUGAUCUGUUGGAGUCGACCGGAGUUCACCUAUCAUCAUCUCACUUUGUAACAGAUAGGAAAGGUGAUAGUUACACAAUCGGGACUUCACUCCCUAUUGGCAAAUAUAAUGUUAUCAAGGUGCCGAAAUGUGAGACCGGGAAAGCGGAUCAUGGUCAAGAAGCGAUCAAACACAUAUCAGUCAUCUCAACAAUGUCACCCGGAUGGGGGGAAAAUAUUUGCUUCUACCACAGCUUUGGAGUGAGCGAGAAUUACAUUGUACUUAUUGAAACGCCGUUCAUUUACAACAUGCUAAAGCUACUCUCCGUACAUGUGAAAAGACGCUGCUUGAGAGAAUGCCUCAAUUGGUACCCAGAUCGAACGAAUAGAUUCUUCGUUAUUCACAAAGAGAGCGGAAAUGUAUUGCCAGUCAACUUCCGAUCACGGGAACCAUUCUUCCUACUCCAUCACAUCAACUGCUAUGAAGAAGACGAUCAGUUGGUUGUUGACAUCAUCAAGCACAAAGAAGUUGAGGUUCUUGAUAACCUGUAUUUGGAUAAUCUGCGUAAAUCUGAGUUCGAUAUAAAAAAUCCUGCAGUUGGAUGUAGGUUUGUACUUCCACUUCCACAGAAAAAUCAGAGUUUUCCGAUAAAUACCAAUCUUAUCACCAUCAGCAAGAAAGCAACUGCAAUUAAGGAGAAAGACACAAUUUGGCUGAGUCCUGAAUUACUCUCCGAACCAGGAUAUGAACUACCAGCUAUAAACAGACAGUACUUCGGUGUCAAGUACAGAUUCUAUUAUUCUACCGGAAUGUUCGACCCUGGACAAUUUAGAAAUUCUCUGGUGAAAGUUGACACGAUGACUGGGUGUGUUGACACUUGGAGAGAGAGUGAGAGCACUUUCCCGGGCGAGCCGCAGUUUGUUCACAGCCCCAACCCCGCAGCAGAGGAUGAUGGCAUUCUCUUGUCAUGUGUAACCGAUCUCAGAGCCAAUAUGCACGAUUUUUUGUUGAUUUUGGACGCGAGAACAAUGACUGAAAUAGCUCGUGCCGAAGUUGAUUGUCAUGUCCCCAAUGUCAUUCAUGGACUUUUCAUACCGAAAAUUUAA